AUGAAGUGGAAUCGCGCCGUCUCUCUCAUUCUUUGCCUUGCGGCAUCUGUCUGCAAUGCCGGACGUGACGACUUUUUUAACAUUCCAGGACGGGUGCAGUGCAAAGAAGUUCUCGCGAUCAUAGCCCGUGGAACGAGUGAGCCACCAGGCGAAGGACCCCAGCACAUCUUUGGCGAGGAGCUUCAACGGAGGCUGGGUGAGGACCGAGUCGGGCACAUUCCUCUUGACUGGCCUGCAUCUCUCUUCCCCACUUAUGGCGAGUCCGUUCGGAAAGGUACUGAGGCCGUCAAGAGGACGGUCGCCAGAUAUGUUUCUUCGUGCCCAAAGAUCAAAAUUGUCCUUCUGGGAUUUUCACAGGGAGCCCAAGUUCUAAGUGAUACAAUGUGUGGUAUGGCUGAGCAUACCUUCCCAAAAACUGAUCCUAUCGAUCCAAGACUAGGAAGGAACAUCGUUGCCGUUGUUGGAAUGGGAGAUCCCACCCAUAAUCCUGGCCAGCCGUACAACGUGGGAACUUCUAAACGCAAAGGAUGGUUCCCCCGUCUCAACGAUGAAAGUUGCAGAAGAUACGAUUGUGUUCGCGUCUCAUACUGUGACCAUGGCGAUAUAUAUUGUGAUCAUGGUAUUGACCCAUUGGUUCACAGCAGUUACUUCAAGAACUACUUCGAACAUUGCAUGAACUUCAUGAUCAAAAAGAUCGAGGGAGUAAAUCCUUGA